AUGCUCCUCCUCGACCCUGCAAAGUUUCAUGCCAAUGCGCGGGAACAUUGUGGGCGCAUAAUGAGCCGCCUAGCUUGGGACGAUGCUUCACAGGGCAAGGAAAACGGAGAUAGUGCUGAUCGUACCCUGACCCAGAUGUCUGUGUCGGGACCAAUCGUCAACACGAUGACACCACUGUGGGCAAUACCCUGGGCAUUUAACCCAUGGAAAAAGUCCGAAAGGGCACGUGAAGACGAGCAGCGGGCUUGGUGGCUUAACUCUUUCCAGACAGCAAAGAGGAGAUAUCUACGAGGCGACCUGCCUAAAGACACGUGGUCAAGCCGGUACUUCACGGGUCUUCAGGAGCAGGGUAAUAUCGAUCUGGAGCAGAAUCCUCAGGAAGAGGAAUUCGCAAGCUGCAUGCUUGGAUUCCAAAACCUCGUAGGUGUCGUGACAAUUAGUGGCCCGAUGUUGUUCUUCCUAAUGGCGAUGGUACUGCACCCCGAAUGGCAGAAGAAGGCUCAGGAGGAAAUUGAUAGGGUUUGCGGUGAUCGCAUGCCAACGACAGGGGAUAUGGCCGAUUUGCCUACAGUUAGGGCAUGUCUGAAAGAAACGCUCCGAUGGAGAUCUGGCGUUCCUCUUGGAGUACCCCACCAAGCAGAGCAAGAUGAUGAGUUCAGGGGCGAGAAGAUCACGAAAGGCACGAUAGUUAUGGCAUGCGAGUGGAGUAUGAACCGCGUUCCAGAGCAGUACCCAGAUCCCGAGAACUUCCACCCCGAGCGUUAUUUGGAGAAAGAAUGGCCGACCUACCAAGAGCCACUCUCACGAUACCCUAACCUCCGAGAAGGUAUUGGGAUGCACACCUUCGGAUUUGGCCGUAGGACGUGUCUUGGACAGCAUAUCGCAGACGAUGAGAUGUUCGUCUCGGGGGCCGGUGUUCUUUGGGGAUUUAAUCUUAAUAAGAAGAAGUGUCCUGCAACAGGCAAGGACAUUGAAUUUGAUAGCGAGGCUACCAACGCCCACGUCAUCUUGGAGCCGUUACCAUUCCCCUGCGAGUUCCAACCCCGAAGUGCCGAGAGAACAGCGCAGAUUCUAUCAGGAUAUGCUGAAUUUACUAACGUCAUUCUCGCAGGGGUAUUUACAGGGAGUGCAGAUGGCUCACUAGUAAUAGCAACGCAUCCAGUUAUUGCCUCCGAGUUCAACGAUCUUGAGAACUCUACAUGGCUGUUCAUUAGCUUCUUACUCGCGGGAGCCGCAACUCAGUCGCUUUAUGGAAAGUUAAGCGAUAUAUAUGGCCGCAAACCUGUCCUGUUAACUUCGUAUGCUCUUUUUGCCAUUGGAUCUACUUUGAUCGGCAUUGGCCAGUCAAUGUGGCAGGUCAUAGUCGGCCGCGUGAUAUCUGGUUCCGGAGGGGCUGGCAUAAUGACACUGGCCGCAGUGAUUAUAACUGACUUGGCUCCUCUGAGAGAUGUGGCUUCGUGGCAGAGUUACCUCAAUGUAGUGGCUACUGUUGGUCGAAGUUUAGGUGGCCCUACGGGAGGCUUUCUCGCUGAUACGAUUGGAUGGAGAUGGUCAUUCUUAGGACAAGCGCCAAUAUUCUUAUUGGCCAUGGCCCUUUGCUGGAUGAUACUUCCUAACUUAACGACUGAACAGAGCAAAACGAAUACCGAAACCACAAAGAGUCGACUUGCCAGGAUAGACUUUCUGGGUGCUAGCUUGCUGGGUGGCGGCCUCUUAGCUGUCCUCCUACCUCUGAGAAUCGCCGGACAAAAGGUACCAUGGGGGAGCCCAGUCGUUCUAUCGCUAUUUGCAAUUGGAAUUCUCUUACUAGCGCUAUUUACCGUCGCGGAAAUUCGAUGGGCGAAGGAACCCAUUUUCCCGUUGAGGUUGUUGAAAAAUCGAGAUGUGGUUUUCAGUUACCUUAUCAUGGUCUUGCAAACUGCCGCGCAAGUUGGUAUGAUGGUCGCUGUUCCUCUUUAUUUUCAAGUUACGGAAAGGUCUUCUAGCACUGUUGCUGGAGCCCACCUUAUGCCAGCCGUCAUUGGCAACACUAUUGGAGGUCUCCUGACAGGCGCGUGGAUAAGGAGGACUGGAUACUUCAAAGCACCACUCGUAUUCGCAGGAAUCAUCUCGUUCAUCUGCUACGGACUUUUGAUACUUAGGUGGAAUGGCAAAACAAACUGGAUAGAAUCGUUAUAUAUAUUUCCUGGUGGCUUUGGUACUGGUAUCUCAGCAAAUGCGGUCUUUGUUGCUCUUCAAGCAGCGAUAAACCCCAUAGACAAGGCUGUGGCAGCAUCAGGUUUAUAUCUUUCAAUACCAGUCGGGUCGAUCUUAGGCAUGGCGGCUUGCAACGCGGUAAUGCAGGCAACGAUGCCUGUAGAUUUGGCGUCAAGGCUACGCAAACUUGGCGUGGAAAAAACGGAAGCUGAACAGAUUAUCAAGCAAGCGACUGCUCGGAUCGAUUAUCUGGAUGAGGCGCCACCGCGGAUAGCUCAGGCAGUUUCGGAGGCUUACGUUCGCGGACUUGAGUUUAGCCAUGGUAAGAAACUACUAAAACCAACCUAA